AUGGUAUCGACAUUAAAUGAACGCGAUAUCGUUAUGGCGAUGGAGGCAAUGGCUAAAGAUAAAAAUUUAAGCCUCCGGAAAGCUGCCAAGAUUUACAAUAUUACUCAUACGACACUCAUGCGUAGAAUGAAAGGGAUCACUCCUGCCUCCGAAUAUCGUCAAAAACAGCAUAAAAUUACUAAAAUUGAAGAGGAGGUUAUUAUUCAGCAUAUAAUCGAUAUGGAUGAGGCUCUCUGCGAGGAUCCUAAGCUUAUUAAUAAGUGGUUUCAACUAUUCAAAAAUAUAAAGGCAAAAUAUGGAAUACAGGAGUGCGAUAUAUGGAAUUUUGAUGAAACAGGCUUUAUGAUGGGAGUGAUAUCCUCUAGUAUGGUUAUUACUAGUGCAGAUAGACGUAGCAAAAGUAAAGGAAUACAGCCAGGCAAUAGAGAAUGGUCGACAGCGAUUGUAUGUGGUAAUACGACGGGGGAGAACAUACCUCCAUAUCUCCUUGUUCAAGGACAAAUGCACCUAGCCAAUUGGUACAGCAAGACGGAUAUGCCUCCCGAAUAA